CUUCUUCGCAAGCUCGACCUCAAGUUGAUCCCAUGGCUGUCCUUCCUCUACCUCAUCUCCUUCCUCGACAGAACCAACAUCGGCAACGCGAAAGUCGACGGUCUGCAGCAGGAUCUGAAAAUGACCAACGGGCAAUACAAUGCCACGCUGACAAUCUUCUUUGUCAGCUACGCUGUCUUUGAGCCUCUCACGAACGUGCUGCUCAAGAAGCUGCGUCCCAGCAUCUUCCUCCCGAUCAUCAUGGUAUGUCGGACCGCGACGCGAUAGAACGCAGCAGCUAACCGUCCAGAUCGCCUGGGGCAUUGUCAUGUGCUGCAUGGGUCUGGUGCACAACUUCUCUGGCAUGAUGGCGUGUCGAUUCUUCCUCGGACUCGCCGAGGCAGGACUCUUCCCAGGCGUCAACUACUACCUUUCCUGCUGGUACAAACGCUCGGAAUUCGGUAUUCGAGCUGCCAUCUUCUUCUCCGCGGCAGCCCUGGCCGGCUCUUUCGGUGGUCUGCUCGCAGCUGGCAUCGCUCAGAUGAAGGGGGUCGGCGGCAAGCCUGGUUGGGCAUGGAUUUUCAUUCUCGAAGGACUCGUCACAGUCGUGGUCGGCAUCGUCAGUUACUGGAUGGUCCACGACUUUCCCGCUGAAGCAACGUUCCUCUCUCCCGACGACCGAGCACGUGUGCUGCGUCGUCUUGCGUCCGACGGGCAGUCGUCGGCCAAAGUCGAGUCGUUCAAGUGGAAGUACUUUUGGGCAUCGGUCAGGGAUUGGAAGACGACGGCGUUCGCAAUCAUCUACAUGGGCGCCGACGGCGCGCUGUACGCCUUCGCCUUGUUCGUACCGACCAUCAUCAAGGGCAUGAACCCCGAGUACUCGGCAACCACGGCCAACCUUCUGAGCGUACCUCCGUAUGCGGUCGCAGCCGUUGCCACCAUCUUCAUCGGCUGGCUGGCGGACCGCACGAAGCAGCGCGGAUACUGCAACAUCGCCAUGUCGGUGUUUGGAAUGGUGGGCUUCUCGAUGCUCCUCGGCAGCGCGAACCCGCACGUGCAGUACGCAGGGGUGUUCCUGGGCGCGCUCGGCAUCUACCCGUGCAUCCCCAACACGGUGUCGUGGACGUCCAACAACGUCGAGGGCGUGUACAAGCGCGGCGUCUCUCUUGGGUUCGUGAUUGGGUGGGGCAACCUCAACGGCGUGGUGUCAUCCAACAUCUACCGCGGCAAGGACAAGCCGCGCUAUUUCCUGGGCCACGGUGUGGUGCUGGCCUAUCUGACGCUGUUCCUGUGCGUGGGCAGCAUUGUCACGAGGAUCUUGCUCGCCAGGGAGAAUAAGAAGCGCAGGGAUGGUCUUCGCGACCACUGGGUCGAGGGCAAGAGCCAGGACCAGAUUGACGAGCUGGGCGACAAGGUGCCGGACUUUGAGUACAUGCUCUAGAUAGGUGGUGAUGGAUAGAGUGACCAAGGACGAUGGAAAAGUAGUGUUUUGCAAACCGCUGUAGCGGAAGCAAAGUUCUUGUGCCGGACUUUGAGUGUGUGCUCUAGACAGGUGGUGAUGGAUAGAGCGACCAAGGACAAUAUCGUGGUGGUGUUUUGCGACCCGCAGUUCCGGUCGACUUCUCGUGCAUCGGAUGAACAUGGAAUUCGCUCCCUAGCAUCCCACGGCGAUU